AUGCAAUCAACUGUCGUUCUUGUUACUGGUGCUAACACAAGUUUGGGCUUUGAAGUUGUGAAGACACUUGUAGUUGUUUCGAAGGAUCCCAAUAAGACUAUUAUUCUACUCGGGAGUCGUGAUAUGCAACGAGGACAAGAUGCAAUAUCUCGAUUGGAUUCGCUGUCGAAUGUACACUUACUUCAAUUAGGUACUUCAUCGCAAGAUAGUAUCGCUCGUGCUACUAAUGAAAUUAAAGAAAAAUACAAUAGUUAUCUUGAUAUUAUCAUUAAUAAUGCGGGUAUAGCAAAAUAA